AAAAAAAUCCCCAAAUUGCAAAAACCUAAAUUGAAUCUUGAAGAAAUGGCGGAAGAGGCGAUCUGGAGGCAAACAUCUGAAGUCACUUUGGAUGAGUAUUGUAGGUGCGGUAAGAAGACGGUGAUGAUCACAUCUUGGACAGACGACAACCCGGGAAGGCGGUAUGCAGCCUGCAAAAAAGGACGGAAGGGCUGCAAGUAUUAUGUUUGGAUCGACCCUCCAAUUUGCACAAGAGCUCGACAAAUCAUCCCAGGGCUUAAGAGGCGUCUUGACGAGGCUGAAGCCGAGUUGGCAAGCCAGAGAAAACGGGCAAAAAAAAAAUGUGGUUUACUCUUGUUGCUUCUUGGAUCAUUCUAUUGUGAAGAUUCUGUCAUGAAUCUUUGA